GUGCUUGCAUCAGCGCGGGCACUUGCGGAAUAUUUCAAAACCGGUGCCGAUCCUGACACCGACGAGGGCAAGGCCGCGAAAGCUCGUCGGAAACACUACGAUGACGAGACAGCCCAAAAGGCCCUGGAAGUCCUGGCUUUCAAAAAGGUCUCCGAGAAGAUGGGCAUCGCAAAUCUCCGGAUGACACACCCCGAAGCCACCGACGAGGAGCUGGUGAGGAUCUGGAAGAACAAGCUCUCCGGUGUAGACGUCGACGGCCAUGGGAGACCGACGAAAGACGCCGACCUCAACUUGGCCGAGAAGUGCUCCGAGGAGGACACCAAAAGGGUCAUCGAGUAUUGCCAGUACAUCGCAGCCGGCAUCGACCACAAGAUCCACGAGAAGUCUCUGGACUGUACCUUUUGUGGCUCCUUCUUCCCCGAGUACUGGCUUCUUUGCAUCAACCUCGAGGAGAUUUCCGACUGGAGGAACAUACACUACCGCUGCUGCUACAAGUGUGCGACGUGCCACUCCGAUGACUACGUUUGGUACAGCGAGGGCUCAGGACUUUCCCCAGCAGUGAUCCGGGGGCGAGGAACCUUGGGGGGACGCCGAUAUGAUCCCUACGACAGGACAAUAGUCGCCGACUUCGACGAUGACUACGACCACAAGCCAUCCUAUUGGCACAUCGCAGUGGACGCCCGAUGCGGUCAGUACGCCAAGUGCUACUUCGACUCCGUGUGGGACGAUCGAAGGAGCCGAUGGGUUCGCAAGCCACGGUUCUAUAUCAACGAGAAGCUCACAGACAACAUCAGCAUCUACGAGUUCUACAAGCUGUGUGGCAAAGUUUUCCGCUGGAGAAAAGAGAAUUACACCGACCAACUCCGCAAUCGCAACAGCAGUUGGAAACAGAUGUGCGAAGGCGUACACCGAGAACGACCGGGGGCAUCCAGCAGUGAGGUUCGCCGCACCGUUCGACUUCGACUACUACAGCUCACCGACAUCUUCACCGUGGACAUCGAGGGACUGAACGCCGAACAAAGGAAGCAG